UUACACGGGUUAUUAUGUUAAUUACACACACCCAUGUUUUCCUUAAUGUAUUUAAGCCGAUGUUUAAAGAAUAGAUAUUAAUCGUUCGUUACUUGAAGGAAAAGGAACACAAGCAUUUCUCUUGUGGAAAAUAUUGAAAAAAAUUAAAACAAUGAGGGCCUUGACGCUUGCACUUUUUACACUGAUGUAUGUGUACGUAUCAGGUCAGUGGAAAAACAAUUGGGACGGGCCGCUAAACUUCCAGUGCCCGUCCACUAAUAGUGCUAUCUCUCACGUCGUAUCCAUGCAUAAUAACAAAAAGGAGGACAGACGAUUUAAUUUCAACUGUAGACCUGUUCAGGCAGUCUCUGGGCCCAUUUCUUGCAAAUUAUCAGGUUACGUGAAUAGCUACGAUCAGCCAGCCCUUUAUACUUGUCCAAAUGGGGGUUAUCUGAAUGGUGUCUCUAGUGUACACAACAAUAAGAAGGAAGACAGGGUGUUUAGAUUUAGAUGCUGUACUCCAAAACCAGGCUAUCACCACAAGAACUGCAAAUGGACUGGUUGGGUUAACAACUGGGAUGAAACUUUUUCAUACUUCGUCCCUCGCAAUUACGUCAUCAGAGGAAUCAACAGUAUUCACAACAAUAAGAAAGAGGACCGAAGAUUUAAAUUUGAAAUCUGUCAGAUCGCCAAACAUUGAGUUGGAUUCCCAUUACCCAAAUAAUGUAGAUUAAUACAAUAAAUAUAUAGAAAAAAAUAUAGACCCUUGUUGUUUCUCAAUU